CUCGGGCCCCGCUAGAGCGCACGGGCGAAGAACACCCCCAACCCAGGGUCCUCGAGGCAAGAGUGGCAGCUCGAUCUCGGCGACCGUGUCCACUCACAACUGCAGCACCACCCCGGCUCGGAGCCCAGUGUAUGUGUCAGGGAGACCCGACGGGGGAGGCCAGGCGAGAACGAAUGGCCAUCUACCGAACGCGGGCACUUGGAAGGUUGGCCCCGGGCUUCCAAGCAAGAGGAAGCGUCCGCGGGAUUGUGCGGUGUCACCCGACGUGCCCCGCGCUCAGACCAAGCGAGGCGCGGGCGCCGGACUCAGUCCCGCCGCACAGCCGCAGGCGACCCGCCGCGCUGGCUGCUACCGGUCCCGGAGCCUGCGGGCGCUACCAGGGCGAGCUCCGGACGCCUUGGCCGAGGGGCGCGCCCUGCUGGCUGUCGCGCGAUUCCAUUGGGUCGCAAGGUCGGAGGCGGGGCCUCCGCUGCCAGCCGCGCCUCCAGCAUGCUGGAUACUGGCUACUGGCUCGGGGCUCAGUCCUCGGACACGACGUAGCUAGCCCGCGGCGUCUGAGCCGCAGCUGGGACGUGGCGCGGAGCGGAGCGUCCGGGAGCAGCUGGAGGCGGGCUGCCGGGAGGAGGUGGCCCUUGCCGGCGAGUUCAGCGUGAGCGGGCGAGAGCGGACCGCCAGACGGUGCGCUUCGGCUCCUAGUCCUGGACUGUCUGGAGGUCUGCCCUCCCGCUGUCUCCCGGCCUCGGGGUAAGUUGUUCUCUCUCCAGCACGGCUCUGUCACUCUCUCCCCUGUCUCUGUCUUCGCCCUCCGCCUGCAGGGCCCCAGAAAGCGAAUCCACUAACUGCCUGGCUGGACCGCGCCCAUCCCAGCCCUGGCUCCCCUGACCGCGUCUCGCUCCGGAACCGCGCACAGUCGUGGCUUCCGUGACCUCGUCCCGCUCCAGAACCGCGUACGGCCCUGGCUCUCAUGACCAGGUCCCGCUCCGGAGCCGCGCACACCCCCUGAUUCUCGUGACCUCGUCCGGCUCCGGAACCGCGCACACCGCUGCCUCCCGAGACCUCGUCCCACUCCGGAACCGCGCACACCCCUGCCUCCCAUGACCGCAUCCCGCUCCGGAACCGCGCACACUCCGGGGUCCCGUGACCUCGUCCCACUGCGGGGCUGGGCAGCAGCAGAAGACGGCGCAGCAAGGGAAGGCAGGCGCAGGCUCAAGCUGGAAGCUGAUCACCAGGGCCUCUCUGGGAAGGAAACGGCUGGGGGAAGAGGAGCGCAGAGGCCCCGCUGAGGCGGGUGUGGUCGCCGCGCUCUGAUAGACGCUGUGGCCUCGGGUGCUUCACGUGGCCCCUCUGGCGUUGGUUUCUCGGGUGAAAUGCGGCCCUUGCCGACUAAAGUGGCGUGAGGAACUGGUGUAGGUUAAAAGAACGCCUAGCACAUCUUGAGCGCUCACUUUGUAGGCGUCUUUGUCACUAGUUAUAAACACUCUCAACAUUACAGGGGGGAGGUGCAAGCCGUGCGUAGGGAACGGUAAUGCAGCAUCGUAGGCAUUUGGUAGGUGUUACUUAUCACCGUCUGAUUAUGAGUAGCUGAGGAGGAUAGUAAUACAGUCGCCACUAAUAACGAUCUAACAGUAACAAGGUAUCUGUAAUAUUUUGUUACAUAAGUAAUGUUAUACGUUAUAAUUCAUAUACAGUGUAUAUUGUUAUAUGUAUCAUAUAUCAUGCUUGUUAAAUACAUACUACGUUAUAGUUAUUGUUUGCAAUACAAUACAAUUGGGUGUAUAGGGUAGAUGCAGAGAGGUCUGAAUGCCACCCUCAUUGUACCGCUUCCUGGGGCGGGGUGGGGGUGGGGGGGAACUUUUGCCAAGUCACUCAACCAUGUGGUGGUGCCUCAGCUUUCUUACCUACGCAGUGGGGACAUCAAUAAUAGUACCCACUUGGGGAAGACCUGGCGAUGACUCAAUGCCAUUGGCACAGAGAAGGCGCGUGGUCACUACCAUUAGCAGGGCACCAUGCUUUCCGGAAAAGUCUGCAUUCGCCUCUCACAGGCCACGUGCUUUGUGUCCCUACAAGCCACUCUGUGCCCCAGGACUUUGAUCUGGUUCCUCUUUUCCUUCUCCCUCCCCUGGUCUGCUUGGUGUGCCUCCCAACCAGGACAUCCAGGCCUGCUUAGCCACAUGGAAGACUGAGCCUGUGCACUCCACCCAGGCUGGCAGUCGGCCAGGGAAUGUGAGGAAAAACCACCACAAAGAUGUGCUUCCAAGUAAGUCAGGGGCUUUCAGGAGUAGAUGGGGCUCUGCACCCACCCCUCACGGCAGCACAGUCCAGUCCACCCCAGUUUGCUCCCAGAGCACUCCCUCCCAGGUCCUUGCCAAUCCUUGCAGUGGCUGCCUUUCUUUCUUUUGUUCUUUUAAGUUUAUUUAUUUAUUUAUUUAUUUUGAGAGAGACAGUGUGAGCAGGGGAGGGGCAGAGAGAGAGAGAGAGGGAGAGAGAGAAAAUCCCAAGCAGGCUCCAUGCUGCCACCUGUGGGAGCCCCACUCCAGGCUCCACUGGAAUUCACCAACUCUGAGACCAUGACCUGAGCUGAAACCAAGAGCGGGAGGCAUAAUGAACUGAAUCACCCAGGCACCCCCGUGGCUGCCUUUCUCCUGAGCAGCUCAUGAGUGUACCUAGGUGGGCCUCUGCUGCGUGUGCAGCAUCCCUGCUGGCUUUCAUCCAGGAGGCUGUCAGGGGCUUGGUGCCUUUUCUCAUCUCUCCCACUGACAGAUGAUCAGGCACCAGUGGUCCUGUCCCUGCUCCAGGAGGAGGGACACGGCCACUGCAUCAAUGGCAACUUCAUCCAAGUCAGGCUGGUAGUCAGGGACAGGGUGGACAUGGUGGGGGUGACAACAGAAUCUGGGUGGUGAACUUAGCCUUUAUCAGGGAGCAGACGGAAGCCAGGCCUAUAUUACCACACAGGGACCCCUGCCUCACACCUUGCUAGACUUCUGGCACCUGGUCUGGGAGUUUGGGUUCAAGGUUAGCUUUGGGGGGGGCGGGGGGAGCUAACAUUCUGAGUCCUCCCUUGGCCUUGCUUUUCCUGUCCCCAAAUCAUUCCUCUCUCCCCUUAUCUUUUGUGUCUCCGUGAUCCUGAAGGCAUGUCGAGAAAUGGAGAAUGGGCAGAAAAAGUGUGAGCAUUACUGGGACCAAGAACAGGAACCACUACAGAUUGGACUAUUCUGCAUCGUGCUGGAAUGCCGAUCUGUGUACCAGCUGUAAUAUAUGUCCUGGCCAGACAGAGGAGUCACUAGCAAUCCUGAACAUGUGCUCACCAUGGCGGAGGAAGCCCAUCACCUCCAGGGAUAUGGCCCCAGGCCCGUCUGUGUCCACUGCAGUGCAGGUUGUGGGUGAACAGGUGUCCCGUGCACUGUGGAUUAAACAGGUGCUCUUGACCCAGCCCCUUCAGCGUGGUCCUGGAGAUGAGAAAGCAGCGGCCUGUAGCUGUGCAGACAAAGGAGCAUCUCGGCGCCCGGGUCCCCGGCUCCCGCUAUGGCCGACACGGACACGUACGCGGUGGUGCAGAAGCGCAGGGCGCCCCCGGGGCCCGAGGCGGGGGCGCCGGGGCGCGGCGCGGAGGAGGCGCCGCUCUACAGCCAGGUGCUGCCGCGCGCCCGGCGGCCGCAGGCGCGCGCAGAGGAGGCGCAGGGGGCGCCGCCCGGGCGCGUUCUGGCUGACCAAAGCCCCGCUGGGCCUGACGCCUACGAGGACGUGGUGGAUGGAGCUCAGACCAGUGGGCUAGGGACAGCUGCCCUCUGUCACCGCAGUGGGGCCCUCUGCUACCUCCUGUGCCUCAUUGCCUGCCUGCCAGGCCAGGACUCCAUGGCUGGGAGCUGCCUGCAGUGCUCCAAGGACUUUCACUACCAUGGUGGCAGGACAGCUCAGCAGCCGUGCCUCACCAGAAUCUGCAGCCGGCUCCCAAGACUCAGAGAAAGCAAAGACUACCAGUGUUACCUGCCCAGGCAAGAGCCAAAAGCAAAGCACACUGCCCAUGUCUUCUGCCCUCUGGGCUACUUCUUCAUAGACAGAGUCCUUAGCUGCCAGCCUCGCCCCACAGGGCACUGGCCAAAGGACAGCAGUGGAAGAGGAAUGGAGGGAGAGCCCCUGCACCUGCGGGCAGAAGGCCACUUCUGCCCAGAUGGUGCCAUCACCAUGCCAUGCCUGGCCAGGACCUUUGAAAGCAGGAGGGAGACACCCCACCCCAACACCAGCUUCUGCUUAGCAGUUCUCAGCCAGUGUCUGCAGUGCCCAGCGGGAUACUUCUGCCCCAACCAAGCCACCCAACCCAUCCCAUGCCAGCCAGGCACAUUUAGCCCGAAUCCAGGCCAGGAUGAAACCACAGACUGUGUUCCAUGCCCAGCAGGCAAGGCCUGUACCCAGGCUGGGCUGACUCAGCCAGAUGCAGAGUGCACACCGGGGUAUGUGUGCCCUGUGGGCUCUUCCAGCCCCAAUGCUCCCACCCAUGCCUGCCCACCCGGGACAUUUAGCAGCCGCAACAACCUCUCCGACCUGUCACAGUGUGAGGUCUGCCCCUCGGGAGUAGCCUGUCCUAGGGGAACUGGAAGUCCAAACUGGCCCCCUAUCCCCUGUCCAGCUGGCCAUUAUUGCCCUCUGGGCACCAAACGGCCGACCCAGUUCCAGUGUCCCCCAGGCACCUGGAGUAACCAGACUGGACUAACAGCAGUCGAGGAGUGUGUACCUUGUCCCAGGGGCUGGUUCUGUGUCACUGGAGCCCAGCUUCCCUCAGGGACAUGCAAAGCUGGGCAUUACUGCCCACAAGGUACAAUGUGGAGCACCCAGUUCCCUUGCCCAGCAGGCACCUACAGCUCUCAAGCAGGCAACAGCCAGAUGGAAGACUGUCUGCCAUGUCCCCCAGGGGCCUUCUGCCCCAGUGGUGCCCCCAAGCCCGUGCUCUGCCCACGGGGAACCUCCCACCAGAGUCUGGGUGCAAGGCUGGCUGUGGCCUGUGUGCUUUGCCCUGCAGGUCACCACUGCCCUGAGCCAGGCACUGCUACUCCACAGCCCUGUGGUGCUGGAAGCUUCUCUGGUCCAGGCCAUCUCUGGUGCCAAAAGUGCUCAGGAGGAAAGCUCUGCAAUCAGACAAAACUGGCCCGCCCUAUAGCAUGUCCACCUGGGCACUACUGCCCAGCCCCAGGCCUGCUGACCAUCCCUUGUCCCAUGGGCACUUUCCGAGAGGCCCCUGGGGCAGCACGUGUGGAAGACUGCCAACUGUGCCGCCCUGGGGCCUUCUGUGGCAGAACAGGCCUGACUGAGCCCCAGGGGCUAUGCAGUCCUGGGCACCACUGUGGGCCUGGUUCCAACACCUCCUCUCCGGAGGGACUCCCCUUUGGUGACCUCUGCCCUGCUGGCCACUUCUGCCCUGCUGGCACCAAGGAUGCCAGGCAGAGGCCCUGCCCAGUUGGCACCUGGAAUGCAGAGAGGGGGGCACAGGAUGUGAGCUGGUGCCUGCCCUGCCCACCUGGGUUUUUCUGUGCUGCAGCAGGCCAGGCUGCCCCCAGGGGCCCGUGUGCACCAGGAUAUUACUGCCCAGGAGGGGCGUGGACCCCGACACCUCUCAGUGGCCCAUGGGGAGAUGGUGGCUCUGUGGGCCACAUCUGCCCUGAAAGCUCACAGGUGGCCACAUCCCAGACAGAUGGGCAUCACAGCAAUGGCUCAGGCCAAGAGAGCCACCAGGAGAGGACCUGCCCUCCCAGUCAUUACUGUCCCCAGGGCACUGGCCACAUCCCCUUUCCUUGCCCUCAGGACAUGUCCAGUCCAUGGGAGGGCCAAAGCCCAGCCCAGAGCUGUUGGCUAUGUUUUGCAGGAGCUGAAGUCACCCAACCUGACGGAGGCAUCCAUGACAUGGCAGGGGGCCCCUGCCCUCCAGGCCACUUCUGUCCAGUGGGCACAGCAGUGCCCCUGCCUUGCCCUGUGGGUACCUUCUCAGAUCGGAUGUUUCUCACCAUGGCAUCGGAGUGCCUGUCCUGCCCCUUUGGCCAUUUCUGUGGUGCAUCUGGCCUCACUGCCCCCUCUGGACCAUGUUCACCUGGCUACUUCUGUAUGGAAGGAGUCUCCUCCCCAACCCCAGCAGGCCACGCAGAGCAUGGGGGGCCCUGUCCCCAAGGCCACUUCUGCCCCAGUGGGACCAGCCUUCCCCAUCCUUGCCCUGCUGGCUCCUACAGCAACCUGACUGGCCAAGCAUCCUGCUUCCCCUGCCCUGCUGGCUAUUACUGCCCUGAGAACAUCACCACUUACAGCGGGCACCCCUGCCCCACUGGCUUCUACUGCCCCAGAGGCACCAAAUAUGCCACCCAGUUCCCCUGCCCUCGGGGCUACUACAACCCAGACCCAAUGACCCAGAGCCUGGACAGCUGCCUGCCUUGUCCCCCAGGCCACUACUGUGGGCAGGAGAAUCUGACCCAGGCCUCUGGACCAUGUGAUGCAGGCUGGUUCUGCGUCUCAGCAGCCUGGACCGCCCGCCCCUUUGACCUGGACAACUACACCAGCACCAAUUGCCUGUGUCCAGCCACGGCUACAGGGGGGAAGUGUCCAGCUGGAUCCUUCUGCCCUGAGGGCAGCUCAGAACCCAUGCCCUGCCCACCAGGCUCUUUCUGCGCCACCUCUGGCCUGUCCACACCCAGUGGGCCCUGCCAGGCUGGCUACUUCUGUGCCAAAGGAGCAGUGUCCCCAGCUCCAGAGGAUGGGCUGACAGGGGCCCCCUGUCCCCCAGGAACCUUCUGCCCUGCAGCAUCACACAGGCCAACACUGUGUCCCGCUGGCACCUUCUCCGGCCUCGCAGAGCAGACCAUGCCCUCUGCAUGCCAGACCUGUCCACGAAGCUUCUACUGCAAGGAGGCUGGUCUACAGGCCCCCAGUGGGCCUUGCCCAGCAGGUUAUUACUGCGACUCUAGUGCUGGGCCCAUCAAGGACUUCAGCCUAUAUCCUUGUCCUCAAGGCUAUUACUGCCCCCUGGGCACAGCCAUGGCCACACACCACAGGUGCCCAGUAGGUACAUAUGGCCCUCGGAGAGGGCUAAGGAGCAUCACUGAAUGCCAGCUGUGCCCUGCUGGGAAAUUCUGUGCACUGGCAGGGCUCGCGGCACCAACAGGAGACUGUGCUGCAGGGCACUGGUGCAAGGGAGGAGCCACUAGCAAGGACCCCAUGGAUGGGGCACGGGGACUCCUCUGCCCUGCUGGGCACUACUGCCUUGAGGGAGCUCCUGUCCCCACUCAAUGCCCACCUGGUACCUGGUCUGAGGAAGGGAACAAAACCCCAGAAGGAUGUCAAGAUUGCUCUGGAGGGAGACUCUGCUCUAGCGGCCACCUGACAAUCUGGCCAGCACCUUGCCACCUAGGUGUUUCCUGCACUGGAGGAACUGCCCCUGCCACCCCCAUGGAGGGCCUCUCUGGGAGAUCCUGCCCCCCUGGGCACGUCUGUCCUCUGGGAAUGGUUGACCCCACUUCGUGUCCUCCUGGCUCCUACACCCCUGGCACCCACACAACAAAAUGUUACAUCUGUCCCAGUGGCCACUACUGUGUUCCAGGGCUGAGGCCUCAGCUGUGUCCAAGAGGUUUCUACUGCCCUGAAGGGACAGGGCUUGACUGGCAGCCCUGCCCUCCAGGCACCUAUGGCCCUGUGCAGGGACUGAGCAGCCUGCCAGAAUGUCAAGCCUGUGAUAGGGGCAGGUUCUGCCCAAGUGCCAAUGCUACAGAGGCUGGUGGACAGUGCUGGGAAGGCUUCUUCUGCUCCAGAGGGUCCACCCGGCCCAACCCAGAGGCCGACACGGAAGAAGAGGCUGGCCCAUGUCCUCAGGGACACUACUGCCCCAGGGGUUCAGCCAUACCCCAGCCCUGCCCACCUGGCACCUUCAGCACACGGAUCAAGCUCAGCUCAGAGGCUGCCUGCUCCCCGUGCCCGCCUGGCCACUACUGCGGCUCUGCAGGCCUCACCAGCCCUUCUGGGCCCUGCAGCACAGGCUUCUUCUGCCGCCAUGGAGCCAUCGUACCCAAUGGCUCCCUGGAAGACGGGACCGGUGGCCCUUGCCCUGCAGGGCACUUUUGCCCCCCAGGCACUGUUACCCCGAGGCCAUGCCCAGCAGGCACCUACAACAGCCUGGCCUCGCAGGGCCACUGUGAGUCUUGUCCUGAGGGUUUCUUCUGCCCGGCAAACACCUCCUCGGUGGUGGGAAACAAGUGUCCAGCUGGCCAUUACUGCCCUGCUUCCACAUCCUUUGCUUCUCAAUUCCCCUGCCCCAGAGGCACCUACAAGCCACAGAGAGGGGGUGCCCAGCAGUCAGACUGCACACCCUGUGAACCAGGUUCCUACUGCCUCCUACCUGGGCUAGUGGCUGUGUCUGGGCCUUGUAGUGCAGGGUUCCACUGUACUCAGGCAGCGGCUGUCCCAAAUCCCACUGAUGGGAUCACAGGAGACCUCUGUCCAUCGGGCCACUUUUGUCCCAAGGGUAGCCCCAAGCCCACUCCAUGCCCCCCAGGCUCUCUCCUGCCCAUCCCUGGGGCCAUGUCACGGGAGGACUGCCAGCCGUGCCCAGCUGGCUGGUUCUGCUCCAGAGCCGGCCUGAGCUUCCCAGAGGCCCCAUGCGAAGGAGGCUGGUUCUGCCCCAGGGCCUCUGUCUCUGGGCAUAGUCCAGGCACUCUCUGCCCCACUGGGCACUCAUGCCCCCCAGGCAGCCUGGAGCCCCAGCUCUGCCCCCCAGGGCAGUAUCAGGAUGAACCUGGACAGAGUCUCUGCAAGACAUGCCCUGCUGGAAAGUUCUGUUCCUUUGGGAUUCAGAGGCCAGGCGCCAGGCCUAUUUGGCCAAUGGACUGUCCUGCUGGCUACUAUUGCCCUUUGGGUACCUGGACCCCCACCCAGCACCCAUGUCCAAGGGGAACCUUCCGAGAGUGGCCUGGUGCACGCAGUGCUACGGAUUGUAGACCUUGUCCUGCAGGACAAUUCUGUUCAGAUUCAGGAUCCGGGAAACCCUUCCCAGAUGGGCCAUGCUCAGCAGGUUAUUACUGUCCUCCUGGCCAGACCUCAGCCACCCCUACAUCUUUCCGGUGUCCCCGUGGCUUCUACUGUCCAGAGGGAUCUCCCCAGCCAAGGGCCUGUGAGAAUGGAACAUUCCAGCCCCAGGAGGCCAAGGGGUCUUGUGAGCCCUGCCCUGCAGGAUUCUACUGUGAAGCAUCAGGCACAGGUCUCACAGCCGGUGGCCCCAGCCUGUGCCUCCAGGGCUACUUCUGUCCCCCUGGCUCCCACUCAGCCACUGCCCACCCAUGCCCUCGGGGGACAUUCGGGCCCAGGCGAGGGGCCAGUGCAGAACUGGACUGUGAGCUGUGCCCAGCAGGGAUGUUCUGCUCAUCAGAAGGGCUGUCCCAGCCAUCAGGGCUCUGCCACUCAGCCCACUACUGCACAGGAGGUGCGGUGUCUCCCACCCCCCUCAAACACAAGGUGGAGGCCCCAGGACUUUCUGGGAAUGAUAUCUGCCCUCCCGGCUUCUUCUGCCCCAGAGGAACAGGCUCCCCAAUGCCAUGCCUGCCUGGGUCUUACUCCUCUGCCCCAGGCCUGGCCAGCGAGGACCAGUGCCAGCCGUGUCCUCCAGGGCACUACUGCAGCAACCCUGGGCUCUCCCAUGUCCCAGAGGCAGAACUCUGCGAUGCAGGGUAUAUCUGCCUGGGAGGCAGUGCUGUGCCCUCACCUUCUGAUGGAACCCACGGAUACAGAUGUCCUCCUGGCUUCCACUGUCCCUCAGGGGCUCACAGCGAGCAGCCCUGUGAACCUGGCACCUUCAGCCCAUUGCCUGGGGCUGACACCUGCCUGCCUUGCCCAGGAGGCACCUACUGCCAAAAUGUUGCUACCGUGGAGCCCACCACCUGCCCCAAAGGUCACUAUUGCCCAGGAGGGACACCCUCUGCUCUUCCCUGCCCGGAGGGAACCCUGAACCUACGGGAAGGUGCUCUCUCCCCCAGGGCCUGUCAGCCCUGUCCUGCAGGAAGAUACUGCCCUGGUGAGGGCAACGGGCAGACUGAGGGACCCUGCUCAGCUGGUUACUACUGUGAGGGGGGAGCUUCCAGCCCCACUCCCCAGAGAAACUCUGCCUUCCCCCUCAAUGGACCCUGUCCCCGAGGCCACUACUGCCCCCAGGGGACUCUGUACCCUGUGCCCUGCCCGAUGGGGACAACAAGGAGAAGCCCAGGUGGCACCUCCGAGGGGAGCUGCAGGCCCUGCCCAGCUGGCUCCUUCUGCCCUGGCCUGGGCCUUAGCUCUCCUAUCAGCUCCUGUGUGGCUGGCUCUGAAUGCCCCUGGGACCUCAGGACCUCCAUCCCCAUGGCCGUCCUCUGUCCUCAGGGUCACUUCUGCCAACCAGGGUCUGCUUGGCCUGUCCUGUGCCACCAAGGGGAGUACCAGCCAUCCCUAGGUUCAGACUCCUGCCUCCUGUGCCCACCUGGCUUUCACUGCCCGCAUCCCGGCACCAGAAUGCCCAGGCUCUGCCCAGCACAUGCCUACUGCCCAGCCGGAACAUGGUCCCCUCUUCCAUGUCCUCCAGGGACCUUCACUCCCCAAGAUGCAUCAGGCCUCCGGGAAGAGGGUGACUGCUCCGUCUGUCCCCCCGGUAACUACUGCAGAGGUGGACAGGUGUGGGGGAAAUGUCCUGCUGGUUAUUACUGCCCCCCUGGGGCCUCCGAACUGAUAACACAAGGUCCCAGGGAGUCUCAGACCUCGUGUCCCCAAGGACAGCUGUGUGCCAAGCAGUGCCCACCAGGUUUUUACUGCCCAGAGGGCAGUGGAGAACCCACCUUGUGUCCACCUCACACCAUGGCGGCUGCCUCCGGAGCCAAGCAGCGAGAGGAAUGUGGGCCUUGCCCUGCUGGGCGCUGGUGCAAAGCUGGGGACCCGGCCACCCACCCCUGCCCUGCCGGCCACUACUGCCCUGGAGGGAGUGAGACCAGCCCAGGAACCCCUCAGGCCUGCCCUGAACACACCUAUCUGCCUGCGGAAGGAGGCCAGAGUCUGGCAGAGUGCCUCCCCUGCCCUCCUGGAUACCUCUGUGUAUCCCCAGGUCUCUCCUCCCUUGAAAGCCGCCUUUGUCCUCCAGGCUACUGGUGUCCAGGUGAUCAGGGUGCCUUUCUCUGCCCACCUGGCACCUUUCGGACAAAACCAGGGGCAUCAUCAAAAGAAGACUGUGAGCUCUGUCCCCCUGGCCACUACUGCCCCCAGGCUGAGCUGAGGGAUCAUGCAAAUGUGUUUGUGAUCCCCUGCAGAGCUGGAUUUGAAUGCCCUGCAGGUGCUGUGGCUGAGGUCACUUGUAGAGCUGGCUCUUACUGCGAGACCCAGACAGGGAUCCCCCCACUUUGUCCUGGUGGCUAUGCCUGCCCUGCUGGCUCCUCCACCUACACUGGCCCAGGGCAGCUCUGUUUGUUUCCCUAUUACUGUCCCCUGGGCAGUGCCCAUCCACGCGAGUGCCCUGGGGGCUCCGAGGCACUGAACAGGAGUGGCCUCAGGGUCUCAGAGGAGACUUGCUGCCACCUCUGUGAAGCAGGCACCUACCGCAGCCUGGCUCUGGAUGCCCAAGCCUGCCAGCCUUGCCCCCCUGGAUUCAGCUGCCACCAGGGAACAGAGAGUUACCACAGCCAGCCCUGCCCAGUGGGGCAUUACUGUCCAGCCAAGACUCACAGCCCCAGGCCCUGCCCCUCAGGAACCUUUGGAAACAGCAGCCAGGCAGGGGCAGUUGGAGAGUGCCUGCCAUGCCCCGCAGGCACCUUCAGUGCCCAUCCUGGCCAGGCCGGCUGCCUCCCCUGUGGGAGCUCUUCUUUCUCUCCACCUGGUGCCUCCCACUGCACGUGUCGGGGCCUUAACAGGGUCUUCCAGAAGUCAGAUGGUUCCUGCAUCUGCCAGGCAGGACAUGAGUCCUACAGCAGGAGGGGCCUGGAAAGUGAGGAGAACGACAGCGAUGAGGACUGUCAGCCCCAGGGGGUUCCAGAGCCAGGACUCUUCUCCCACAUCCUCCUUCAGGUCGCUGAGCGCUGCUCAGCUGGAGAAGUACGUCUGGCUGCCACCCGCAAGUGUGUGUCCCCCCAGCUGCACAACUGCUCCUCUUUCUGCCACCCAGUGGAUGGGAAGCUCAGCACUGAACUGGGAAUCUGCCAGUGCCAGGAAUAUGUAUCAGCAGAAGAGCUCUGUGAUGCCCAGUGUCUGGCUAAGGCCCCCCAACUCUCCCUGGCCUGGGGUUCCAGCAGGGAGCUGAUCCUCAGCGUGAAGGGCGAGGCUGGAGACCAUGACCAGAGGGAAGUAUCAAGCACUCUGGGCCCAGACCAGUUCUUCCAAGAGAAUGCCAGGGUCCAUCUGGUCCAAUGUGGUCCCCGUGGCAUCUUUGGCUUUGUCAUCUCCAGAGUGGACAUGCUUGACUCUUUCCUUCUUGAACCACCUGCACCCAGCCCCUGGCUACAAAGGUAUCAUCGGACUACAGGCCUGGAGUACUCAGUCCCUCAGGACCCUGGCAUCCAUCUCCAUAUUCCAAACCCAGUGGUCUGCCUGGAAGAAGGGGACGUGAUUCUUUUCCAGCUUCACAUUCUUCCUCACAAUCGCUCAGCCAGUCACUACCCUGUGUACCAGAUGCAGCAUUUGUUCAACAGCAACCCCAACUGGGACUUUGGGGCCUUCAGGAGACUCAGCCACCUCGUGCGAGAGACUCACCUCAACUUUUCAAGGUUUGCCCACCAGUUCCUAGAUCCAGGCACAUAUGUGUUUCGAGACAACAGACUGCCUGAGAGCAUCAUUGUGGUGCUGGUGAAGAAGAAAGGAGUGGCCUGCGAUCCCGGCCUAUCCCCUGUGCAGCCCUCCUCCCCGUAUCAGCUUGUCAGGCAUGGGGUCCUCAGGCACGAGCUGCUAAACCUGGGCCCAGACUGGACAGUGAUCACAGGAGUGCUGCUGGCUGUUGGCUUGGCAACUGUGCUGCUGACAGGCCUCGGCCUUGUGUUGAGGCCCUCCCUGGCUCAGGCCUGCCCUGUAAGGGCUUGGAGGCCCCAGUGGAGGGGCCUUGGGGAGUCUCAUGUGUCUGCUGAGUAUGUGCCGCUCAGGGACAGCCUUCUGUCCUAUGAAGAACUCAGUCCAUGGGGCUCUAGGGAAGGAGCUGAUUCCAAGGAGAAAGUCAUUACCUGGAGUACAGGAGAACCACUCCCCUUGAAGACCCUGGAGGACUUCAGUGUCCGCACUCUCUAUGACAAGCUCGAGGACCAGAGCCUACACGUGGCCGCCCAGCUGAGCAAACACAGGAGCGAGGCACUGGCCUUCUAUAGGGGUGCCAGCCAGCAGCUCCAGGGGCUCAAGGACUUUCUCCAACACCUCAGCACAACUGAGUGGCAAGCUCUGGACAAGGGUGGAGACCCAGAGAUGGAGGCCACAGCUGCCACCAGGACAGACACUGAGCAGAGUGUGGAAUCAUGGGGCCACCACACUGCAAGUCUACCUAGGGAGCCCUGGCAGCAUCCUCUAGGCCGCACCCCCAGUGUCACACCCCUGGGCUUUCAGCUGGAACUUGACAGAGUGAUUGUGGCACUGGCAUCAGCACUUUCUCACGCACACAGGCAACCAGCUGGGGCCAACAGAAAGGCCUCUGUUCAGGUUGGUGAACAGCCUCUUCGUACCUACCAACAAAACCCUCAACUGGCAAGUAACAUGUCCCUGCAGCCACAGCCUCCACCACUGGAUGAGGAGAACCAAAGUACAAGCUCUCAGCAGGACCUGGGACCUGGACAGCUUCCCCAGUGUGCUGCCAAAGGAGGAGGCACCGAGAGCCCAGGCUCUAGGUUGUGGAUCAUCGGGGCUGGACACAGGCAUGGAGCCUUUCCUGAGAUGCAGAGGAAGAUAUGGCAGGUGGAAAACACUUUGGAUGAACUGAAUGAGGAGUUCUUCCAGCUCACUGCUCAAGCCCUAGAACUUCAGAAGGAAAAGGACAAACCAGGUCAACUUCCCCCAAGUGAAGGCAAUACAUUUGUGGAGGUUCCCAGCAUCUUCCCUUAUGUGUGGCAAGAAGACAGACCCUACCCACCAGAGAGCCUGGACCUUGGCUUGUGCUGAUUUCUGUCUGCUAUCCUUUGGAGUGAGGGAAAAUAAAGUCAUACAAGUCAAGAAAAUUGACAUGUGUUCCCA